UAAAAACAAAAGUUACUAGAACUGACAGGGAUAUUCGAUUCAAUAGUUGGUAUGCUGUUUUUGUAACUCUUUCUGUCACGAUUUUAAUGGCGAUUGCUGUUAGUUUGUGAAAAUUUUAAAAAUCCACGGGAUUAUAGCCCAUCUUUCGACUUUUUAGAAACCAAUAUUAUAUACUUAUCUACCAAACAUUAUGGCCGAUAAAGCUGAAGAGCAAGUUAAGAAGAAGAGGACUUUCAAAAAGUUCACCUUCCGUGGGGUUGAUUUGGAUCAACUCUUGGAUAUGCCCAAUGAGCAACUUAUGGAACUUAUGCAUUGUCGGGCUAGAAGGCGUUUCACCAGGGGUUUGAAACGUAAACCCAUGGCUUUAGUCAAGAAAUUGCGUAAAGCAAAGAAAGAAGCUCCCCCACUAGAAAAACCUGAAAUUGUAAAGACCCAUUUAAGAAACAUGAUCAUUGUACCCGAAAUGGUAGGAUCUAUCGUUGGUGUUUACAACGGCAAGGCCUUUAAUCAAGUUGAAAUCAAACCUGAAAUGAUUGGACAUUACCUUGGUGAAUUUUCUUUGACAUACAAACCUGUUAAGCACGGUAGGCCAGGUAUUGGUGCUACCCACAGUUCCAGGUUCAUCCCUCUCAAAUAAGAUGCAUAUUUGUUAUUAUUUAGGUUAACAAUAAAUUUUUUUUGAGAGAUAA